AUGUUUUACGACUCAGCUGGAAAAUAUUCCUCGUCGCGGAAAUUAUUGUCGUGUUGUGUUUGUUGUGUAAACUUUGUUGUGUUUAUGGAGUCACCGGAGAGGACGACCUGUCGCACCGCCGGGCUGACACCGGCCUCCUACCGCACGGCUUACGGCCGGACGGCCUCCUACCGCACGGCUUACGGCCGGACGGCUUCCUACCGGACGGCUUACGGCCGGACGGCCUCCUACCGGACGGCUUCCUACCGGACGGCUUACGGCCGGACGGCCUCCUACCGGACGGCUUCCUACCGGACGGCCUCCUACCGCACGGCUUACGGCCGGACGGCUUACGGCCGGACGGCUUCCUACCGGACGGCUUACGGCCGGACGGCUUCCUACCGGACGGCUUACGGCCGGACGGCUUCCUACCGGACGGCUUACGGCCGGACGGCCUCCUACCGGACGGCUUACGGCCGGACGGCCUCCUACCGGACGGCUUACGGCCGGACGGCCUCCUACCGGACGGCUUACGGCCGGACGGCUUCCUACCGGACGGCUUCCUACCGGACGGCCUCCUACCGGACGGCUUCCUACCGGACGGCCUCCUACCGGACGGCUUCCUACCGGACGGCCUCCUACCGGACGGCCUCCUACCGGACGGCCUCCUACCGGACGGCUUACGUCCGGACGGCCUCCUACCGGACGGCUUACGUCCGGACGGCCUCCUACCGGACGGCUUACGGCCGGACGGCUUCCUGCCGGACGGCCUCCUACCGGACGGCUUACGUCCGGACGGCCUCCUACCGGACGGCUUACGGCCGGACGGCUUCCUGCCGGACGGCCUCCUACCGGACGGCCUCCUACCGGACGGCUUCCUACCGGACGGCUUCCUACCGGACGGCCUCCUACCGCACGGCUUCCUACCGGACGGCCUCCUACUGGACGGCUUCCUACCGGACGGCUUCCUACCGGACGGCCUCCUACCGGACGGCUUCCUACCGGACGGCCUCCUACCGGACGGCUUCCUACCGGACGGCCUCCUACCGGACGGCUUCCUACCGGACGGCCUCCUAUCGGACGGCUUCCUACCGGACGGCCUCCUACCGGACGGCUUCCUACCGGACGGCCUCCUACCGGACGGCUUCCUACCGGACGGCCUCCUACCGGACGGCUUACGUCCGGACGGCUUCGACUUCCAGUCCAUGUGAUGGAAGGGAGUUACAGUGA